AUGAGAGAAACCAGCACCCUCAGAAUACAGGAGGAUGAGGCUUUUCACCUCUGUUUGCCAUGCAAGCAGGCAGUGCGACCACCCUCUCAGCUGACGCGGCAGGGCUUCGCAAGAGCUGUGAGACCUGCUCACAGCGGACAGGUCGGUCAGAGACCGCAUCCGGAUGGUUCCGGAUGGUGCAACCUGACGCACAGGUUUUCCCCGGUCCUUCUCUCUCCGCGGGCAAAGAGAAGAAGGCGGGAGUUCAGCCCUUCUGUUCUGAGUUUGAUAAAGGCUUGUUAUGUUCGCUCUCCUCCAGUUCAGCGAAGAGAGGGAGACGAUUAUCUGAUAUGCUCGUCGUCAAGGGAGCAAGCCAUAAAAGACGCAGAGAUUGUCCUGAAUCACCUCAGAGACUUGGGUUUCAGGAUAAACAUGAUAAAGAGCCGGCUGGUGCCCUCUCAACAUACGGAGUAUUUAGGGCUCAACUUGGACUCCCUUUCGUAUCAAGUCACAUUGACGGAAGAGAGAAUAGCGUCUUUCACACAAUGUCUCGCUCGUUUUCAGAGGGGACGAGUGGUCCCGUACAGGCUGUGCUUACGAAUGCUGGGGCUUAUGGCUUCGGUGAUCACGAUCGGGGAUUCCCUUUGGGGCGGUUUCAUCGAGAGUAACUAUGACAACGGACGAGUCCUUAAAGGGUUGGGGAUCAACUCUAAUGUGCAGAACUGUGAACGGCGCCUGGCCACCACAGCUGAUGCACUGAAAACGGACAACACCACAGUGGUUGCUUACAUCAACCAUCAGGGAGGCACAUGCUCCCUUCAGCUGCAUCGGUUGGCGAUGAAGCUGAUCGUGUGGAGCGACACACGGCUUCUGUCUCUCCGGGCGACUCACGUUCUGGGGAUCUUGAACAGAGGGGCAGAUUUACUGUCCAGGGGAAAUCCCCUUUACCCCUCUGAGAGAUGGAAUCUGAAUGCGGCUGGCUUGCCCUCGUCAGUUAUACAUACUAUACAGAGUGUGAGAGCCUCCUCUACAUAGUCCUCUCUUUAUAGCAAUAAAUGCCGUGUUUUUGAAGAAUGGUGUGGGUGGAGAGUGAUUAUCCCUUUUCAGUGCUCUAUUAGGGAUAUAUUAUGCUUCCUCCAAGAUCUGCUUGAUAAAAGGAAGGCUUUCUCCACCAUUAAGGUGUACCUGGCAGCUAUUUCAGCCUGCCAUGUAGGUUUUGGUGACAAGUUGGCAGGCCGGCACCCUUUAAUAAGUUGUUUUAUGAAGGGGGCGCGCCGCAUACGGCUGGUGUCUAGGCGGAUGGUUCCUUUAUGGGAUCUGCCCGUCGUCUUAGAAGCCUUGUCUCAACAUCUUUUUGAGCCGAUAGAGGCGGUGAGUCUUAAGUAUCUCUCUCUUAAGACGGCACUGCUCCUGGCUUUGGUGACAGCCAAGCGUGUGAGUGAUUUACAUGCUUUGUCGGUUAGCCUGUCUUGCUUACAAUUCGCUCCGGGGCUCACUAAAGUUUCUUUUCAUCCUAACCCUGCUUUUGUGCCCAAGGUUUUGGAGUCGGCAUAUAGGUGCCCAUCUAAUGAACUGGCGGCUUUUCAUCCUCCACCGUUUUCUUCUCCGGAGGAGCAGAAACUUCAUGCAUUAUGCCCGGUGCCGGCUCCUCAGGCGUAUGUGGACAGGACAGCUGGUUUCAGAACUUGUGACCAGCUGUUUGUGUCUUGGGCUACUCCUCACACAGGGAAGCCGUUAUCUCCAUCCCGCUGGAUUGUGGAGGCGAUUGUGGCUUAUGGUUGCAGGGGUCUUCAGCCCCCUACGGGUUUGAGAGCCCACUCCACUAGGGGUAUGGCCACAUCAUGGCUCAGAGGAGUUUCUGUUCUGGACAUUUGCUCGGCGGUGAGUUGGGCAACGCCGCAUAAGUUUUUGUGAUUCUAUAGGCUAGACGUUUCGGAACCGUCCUUAGCACACGCAGUGCUGGGAGCCGGUACUACCGAGCGAAGUUAG